AUGGAAGAGGCUUUGUCCAGCCAUCUUUAUCGCUUGCAGAUUUCGCACGACCUGCUUGAGUCUCGUGUCCGCGUGGCCGAGGAUCGCUUAGAUUGGUUGGACAGGUCGGAGGGGCUUGAACAGGUGUGUGCUAAGAUGGCCAAGUUCAAACACACUUCAUGGGAAGUUAUGAUCAACGAGGAGAGAAAUCUUGCCGUGAAUAAGUGGCUCAGCCUGGUCAUGGUCGAGCCCUUGACCUUCGGUGUAGCUAGGAACUUCUACGCCGGCAAGGCGUCGGGGAUCUCCUCGGGAUCACUUGCAGACAGCAUUUCGGAUUGCCUUGCUGCCAAGGCCACUUCGACGAUCAAUGCCAGGGCAAAUUGCUUGUUGCGGUUUGUUUCUUGGGCAAAGGGGAACAUGCCGUUUGUUUUUCCCUUGACCGAGCAUGCUGUCUAUGCAUACUUCGAGGAGAAGAAGUCAACAGCAGCAGCAACUUCGUUCAGGAGCCUUCUUUCUUCCGUUGCUUUCGCUCAGCAUGUGGUGGGCCUGGAAGGGUGUGACAAGGUUUACACUUCGGGUCGCGUCCGCGGCCUUGCGUCGAAGCUUUACAUGCAGAAGAGGAAGCUCAAGCAACGGAAUCCUCUGAGGGUCUCCGAUGUCAUUCUUCUUGAAAGGAUUUGUUGCAAGCUUGAAGACAGGUCUUUGCAGGACCGCAUCGCUGCAGGUUUCUUUCUUUUCUUGAUUUAUGCAAGAGCUAGAUACAGUGACGGGCAAAAUGUAGCAUCGCUGACUGAUUCGCCGCUCUACUUGGAGUGCAGUGUGGGCAGGUCCAAGACGAGUUUCACUUUGGAACGCAAGACCAGGUACUUGCCGAUGGCUGCCAGGAAGGUGGGCAUCAAGUGUGCAUGGGCCGAUGCUUGGCUUGAGGCUUUGGCAGAGGCAGGUCUUGCGAUCAAGCAGAACGACCCGUUGCUCCCCUGCCCUUCUUCGAAUGGCUCGUGGAAGAUGAUCCCGCUUCCGUGCGAUCAGGCGUGCUCGUGGCUCAGGAGCCUGCUGGGGAACGCUCAGAGCGAUCCCUACCUUGCAAAUGUAGGAACACAUAGCCCUAAGAGAACUUUGCUGAGCUGGGCAAGCAAGCGUGGUCUGCCCAGAGAACAGAGGGCCCUCUUGGGGUAUCAUACGUCCCGAGCCUCGGGUGCGGGAUCAGAGCUGAUCUAUGAGUCCGAUGCCCAGUCGGCUCCGCUCAGGACUUUGUCAUCUAUGAUCGACGAGGUCUCGUCCGGGGCCUUCAAGCCUGACAAACCAAGGGGGCAGCAGCUUGCUUCCGAGCUGUCGGCGAAUGCCGAUCCCCCUGGCGAUGAGAUCGAGUCGUCAGACUCUGAGGGCUCCGAAGAUGAGGAGGAGAUCGACCACUCAGGAGACGAAGCUUGUGUUGCUGAGGCUUUGAACUGGCAUGGAAAGGUCGAUCUUGACAAGAUUGAUCCCUCGUGUGUUUUCUUUCGGCAUCGCCAAUCCAGGGUAGUGCACAUCACUGCCGACGAAGCCGGUGCCAACCUAGGCUGCGGUAGGGCCAUUUCGGGUCAGUACAGGAAGCUGGAGGAACAAAGCCCUCCUGCAGCUGCUUUCAGCUCCAAGUGGUCUAAGCAGCUCACCAUGGCGGCCUUCUCCGAGUCGGGGCCGGUGUUUAAAUCACGAUGUGCCCAAGUCGGUUUGGCAUCUGCGGAUGUUGAAAAACUCGAGAAGGUGGGUGUGAAUUCACUCGCAAAGUUCGCUUUCAUGACGAGCUACACGCCGGGCUCCGGCGAUGACAAGGACCUCAUCGCGGCAUUUGAGUCGGCCCUCGGGACGCCGCCCUCUGUAGGGCAGAAAAGCUCCUUCCGAAGGUUAUUUCAUGAAGCUUAUGCUGUUACCACAUCGGAAAUGAAGAUGCUUGUGGAGCGGACGGACGAAUCCAUCCCGAGGAAAUUGAGCGUCCCGGAGAGAUCUGAGAGGUUCGAGGUCGUGAGCAAACGACUUGUGGGCCUUUCCAUCAAGAAUCGUCUUGAGCCUGCUGAUAGCCUCGUUGACUCCUUCGUGUCUCAGUAUGAGCAGGACAAGCUGCAGUUUGUCCCGUGGGAGAAGCUUGUUUCCAAAGAACAAGAGGCCUCAACAGGAGCAAAGCGAGAGCCUUUCUUCUCGCUGGACAGUACUGGCAAGCUCAGAUCGGAGACUAAGGUCGAGGUCCGUGCUGACACGAGCACGGAGCUGCUCUUGCAGCUCGCGCUUCAGAGGCGCGGCAUCGCUAUGGAAAUGGCGAACAUCCUUGACUACCAUCAUCACCACAUGUGGGUCGAGCGCCUUCUUGCGGCGCGCCUCGACGCACCUCCGUCGACGCACAUGCAGCCUACUCUCGAUCAGUGUCAGCAGGCUGACAGAAAGCUUUGGCAGCUUCUCGGAGAAGCAACGCGCUCGGGCAUCCAGCUCAAAGCUGGUGGGCGACCACUCGACGCCAUCUUCGAAGCCACGUGGCAGACACCCGAGGUACUUCAGUACUUCAUCUGCUCCAGCCGAUGCCUCGGGCAGCAGGCGCUUCGGUCUCACAGCAGGUGGCACCACCGCCGAGACCGCACGGGCCAGGCCCGUACGAUCGUCCAGGCAAAGGCCGAAAGGGCACUGGAAAAGGUGCCAAGGGCACCAAAGGUGGCGGGAAAGUCCCUGCCGCUCUGUCAGGCUGCAGAUCCUGCACCAAUGCUGGUGAAAACAUAUGUUUUGGGUAUGGACUCAAAACGUGCAGGGAAACUGCCCACAGCGGUCCCGACAGAUGACCCGCCUUCCGAACAUGUACUCAUUCUGGAAGAGAUUGGCACGGGACAGCUGGAAGGGCAUUCGAGCGAGAGCACUCUGUUCUCAGCGACCAUGGCACCAUGUGGGUCCGAGACGCCACCUGAUGCUCCCCAGCCGCCUGCAGCAAGUGCCUCCGCGAGGUCUUGCAAUCCGGUGGAACAUUUAUUCCACGGCCUGGACUCUGCGGUUCACGCCCCGCUACAGCAGUUGCUUGACCAACUGGAUUUAUUCAUGUGGUAUUCGUCGCAAGAGGAUGACCCAACGACUGCCCAAGAAUGGCCGACGAUUCUAUCGCAGCUGAACGACAACCUCAAUCAGGCUAUUUGUUUUGUCGCUCUGGAAGAUGUUAUUGCGGCGGUACGGUAUCGGGCAGAAACUCAUAUGAGUACCAACCGGCUGGAUAUGGCACUCUCGCGAUUUGCAGAAUAUUUCCUGUUGCGUGGUCAUGCAGGCCAGCCCAUGGCUCUACCGCACAUGCUUCAGUCCAGUAUGUAUUCAGUGUGCGAUUUUGGCAAGGCAGUACAGCAACCGCAGCCAGCGGGAUCUCGAUCUGCUUACGCUAUGCAGCUUUAUUCCUAUGCCAGCUCCGUCCCCUCACAGAGGAAGCUCAAGAAGACCUCCUACGCCACCAAGGCGGUGCAGGUGGGCAAAUGCGGUCUCAAAGCCCAGUCCAAAGCUCGUCCCCGAAGGCUAGAUACAAAUGCUACAGAAAACCCGGAGGAGGCUCCUGCUCCUGGUCCAAAGGACACUCGUGCCGAACAUGAUGAUCUUCGCCGUCAAGCCGCUGAUGCAGUGCUGACUUCAGCCCCCUGGAAAAGACGCCAAAAGGCCAGAGCAGGUGCCCGCGAGCCUGCCAAGGAUGGUGUUUCCGAGGGAUCUGCUCGAACGACCACAACCUCAGCAAACCCUGUGGCCAGUAUGACUCCUCUUCCGACUACGACAACCUCGCGCCAGGGUGAAGCCACUGGGAAGAAUGCUGCAGCAUCGAGUACUCCGAGCAAGCCCCUGAGCAAGGUCCCAUACACAGCUGCUGGUGCCGACCCACAGGAGGAAAUCAUGGAGCUCCGCUUCGAUCAACUUCAGGAGAUGCAAAGUCUGUACAUGGUCCUCCUUAUGUAUUGGUGGACCUUUGCUGGCAUCGUGCCAGCCCGGCGAAGCUACACCGACAACGCAAAGAACAAGGACCAGCCCGUGGAUGCAAUUAUGCACCCUAUGCACAUUGACGCCAUCCUGCGACACGGAUCCCAGGAACUCUUCCCGGGCACACGCCUCGGCUCUCGUCCGCACGUGCGCAGCUUCGCCGACAUACCCUUGGGCCUCCACUUCGUGUUGCCUUUCAUCUAUGGCGUGCUCAUUGGCGUGCGGCAAGGCUGUAUGCUUGCCCCAUGUUUGUGGCUAUUGUUCGUAACAUACCUCUUCCAUCACCUGGACACGACAAUGGGAGGAGCUGAUUCAUGGACAUGCCAGCACUCCACUGCCUUCGCCGAUGAUCUUCACUUCAAGUGGGAUCUUGACGAUCCCAAAGCCCUGGAUCGGAUGAAGAUGGAGGUCGCCACGGUACUCUCAGUGCUCAAGUCCUUUGGUCUUCAGAUCAGCGCAGAAAAAUCCACCAUGUUGAUCGAGAUCCGCGGAACAGCAGCUGAUGUUUGGUUGUCCAAGAACGUCUACAAAGAUGCUGAGAACAACAAACACUUUCGUUAUGACACGUUUGCCAAGCUCUCUAUCCCGCUUGGUACCCAAUUCAAGCUGCCAUACACCAUUCCCGUCUUCGUCGCAUUCUGCAAGGACGCGGGGGCAUCAGCCGGCAUCAACGACUUCGACUCUGGAAAAGCCCACAAGAUCUUGGCACCGAAACGGGAGCUGCCCCAGGAUCGCUCCGUCUACUCCAUCAACGGACUUCCGCAAUGCCGUUUUUGUGGCUACAAAUUCACGAAAUGGAGUGGCCUCCAAAGACACAUACAGCGGAACGGCUGCCCGAUUCUUCGCCAUGAAGAUCCCGCCACCUUUGCCGCAACCGCGCCCGCGACUACAAACAAGGCUGAAGAUCCUCUUCGUACUACACAACAUGCAUGGGUGGCCGACUCGACCAUUGCCACCACCAUGCCUUCAACUGGAGAUCAACCUCUGGUCCAAGAUGCGCAGCUACAGCAGGAUGCCAGCAAGUACACGUGGACCAAGGUGCUUCACAUGUGGCGUACAAAACAUGACUUCAAGAAUGUGUGUGUGUUCUGUGGUCAAUGGGCAGUGGAUGCCAGUGCUCUCAAACAGCAUUAUGCCAAGCAGCAUCAGGCAUUAACCAAUCCGUGGAUCGCAGCAUAUCGGGCCGAGUGUAAGCAGCUAGCUAAAGUUGCCGUCGAAAUGGAGGACAUGCCGGACUUCGAUGCCGAAAGCCAGAUCCAGAGCCUCCUCGGGGGCCUCUCCUCAGUAGUGGAUCUCAAACCACUUCUGAAUCCAACGUCAACACCGGCGCGCAAUCAGUCCCAUCUGACCAACAAGCGUCCGAGGGCGGAACAGUGGACUCGAGGCACCGGGAGCAAGGGCGGCGGCAAGGGCAAAGGAGUGGCCUCCAACGGUACUUUAUCACAGGAGGAUCUUCAACAGCUCCUCAGGCAGAUCGUCGUCCUUCUCCUACGCCAAGGCGACCAACUCAAUCGGCUACAGACGGAUACCGGAUACUAUUUGGUCUUUCAAGUCCCGGGCGAUGCCACCAUGGUACCAGUUCUGAUUGCGGGAGCGCUCGAAUGGCGCAAUCAGAAGAAGGCCGACCCGACCAAGCUCACCAUGUCUCUCCGCAUAGCCCUCAUCGGACUCUUCCUCAAGGAGCUUCAGAUGCGUCUGGAAAAGAUCCGGGCCAACGACCAACUUCAGGAGAAGCUCAAGGAGCAAGGCCUGAUGACGGACGAAGGUGCUUGGACAUAUCGCCAAUGGUGUCCAAAGAACAAAGCACUUCAGCUACAGCUCAGCAGGGAUCCGAUCAAGUGGGACGUCCUGAUGACACACAUCACGAAUGCUCUCCAGGGACUGAACAAUCAGGACCACAUCACACGUUUUCAGGCGACCAAAGCCUUGGAAGAAGGACAGAUGGGUCCCACCCUUCCAUUCCUUCUGGACAUCUCGCUCAAGCCGAGUGCGUGCCGUCUACACCAGAGCAUGAGGGCAUUGGUGGACUGCUCGGCCAUGGAAGCAGUCGGUCAUUAUGCUUAUCUUUUCUACAUGGCGACUCACACUUUGGUGGGAACACCGACGGAUUCAGCUGCAGUUCCAAGCCUAGACUUUUAUGAGGAGCUUUACACGGUGGCAUGCCGUCGCAUUCAGCUGGAUAACCCCUUGCAUAGCUACCUUUGGCAGCUUCCGAAGUGGGCCGCGCUGGUUUCAAAGCACUCCUUCGUCACAUUUGACUCGUUGCUCCUCACAUCUGCCAUGGGGCAAGCAGGGAUCGUCGCCUGCGUGGAUAAGUCGGUCAGGUGCAACCUCGUGGCCGAAAGUUCCCGCCGAUCAUUUCUGAAUUUGCUUACACCGUUUCAGUUCGCAGUGCUGAGGCUCCCACUCUCAAUUCCAAGCACUGCCUUUCGACUGCCUGCAGGUGCCAAGCUCCUCAGGGAGUCAGUUGAACGGGGAGGUUCGCGACUCCCAGAGGGCAAUAAGUUCUACAUUUUCGGCGUGUAUCGAUCCAUGCAAGCUUUCUUGAACGAGGCAAAGUUAGUUGUGCACCCCUUUGAUUCCGCCAGAUCACUUCCCGAUGAACUUUUGCGAGUCUUGUUCGACACCCUUACGAAGAGCCCGGUCGACACGAUGAGGCACCGUCUUCUGAAGUUACAGCAUCGGCGUGCCCUCGCCAAGCAGCUUGAGCCAGAGGAAGAGAAAAUCAGGUCGGCUAUGGACCCUUGUGUGCGGAAGGUCCUCGGGUGUAAACGUAUUGCGCUCAUGAAGAGGGUUGCCGCCGACUUGUCGUGGCCUGACACGGCUCUCUUCGAUGACCUGGCUGCCGGCUUUAAGCUAACGGGGUACUUAGGACGUACGGGGGUCUUCGCUAGCGAUGUUAAGCCUGCCACGAUGGACCUUGACGAAUUCUGGGCCAGUGCUCCCCUUCGAAGGGAAACUCUGCUUGAGAAAGUCAGGGCUCAGAAAGACCAUGAUUAUGCCGAGGAGCUCUGGAACAUGACGCUUGAGGAAUCAAACAGAUCCGGGAAGUGCUGGCUUGACGGUCCGAUUGAUGUUGACUCUUUGGGGGACACCUUCCCCGAAGGCUGGAACGCCUGCCGGCGUUUUGCAGUCUGGCAGGGCAAAUGGCGUGCCAUCGAUGACUUCUCGGAAGCUGCGGUGAACUCUUGCUUCGGAUGUUUUGAACGUGUCACUCUUAAAGCCCUUGAUGAGAUAUGUUGGCUGUGCAUGCAGGUUUGCCGUGCGGCAAAAUCAUCGGGCUCCCUCGAUCUGGAGCUCAGCUCGGGUGAGAGACUCAAGGGGCCUCUCCAUACUGCGUGGAAGGACGCUGACCGCGUCCGUCCUCACUGCAAGACUUAUGACCUUCAGGCGGCGUACAAGCAGCUUGCAUUGCACCCAGGCGAGAGGCCGAAAUCCAUCAUCCUGCUCAGGGAGCCCGGCUCCCGCGCUGUAAAAGCCUUUGUGUGCAACACCCUUCCUUUCGGGACUUCGGCUUCAGUCAUGCAGUUUAACCGGGUGGCAUUGUUUCUGCAAAGGGUUCUUUGGGAUUUGAGGGUAGCCGUGACUUGCUACUACGACGAUUUCCCGACCAUGACACCCUCGUUCUUGUCGGGCGGGACGGACAAUGCAGUCCAUGCCCUCAUGGACUUGUUUGGCUUCUCCUUGUCCGAGAAAGAGAAGCCGUUCUCUUGCACUGCAGAAACUUUGGGUGUUGUGCUCGAUACGUCGGAUCCCGACAUGGGGCGCAUCUUUGUAUCGAACAAGCCUGAACGGGCUGCCAUGCUCGAGGAGUCCAUAGGCCGCAUCCUUGAACAAGGCCAGGUGGACACGAGGGAGUUGCCCUCCCUUCUUGGCAAACUUCGCUUUGCAGAUGCUCAGCUGCUCGGCCGCACGGGGCGUUUGGCCCUGGCUGACCUCAGGCUCCUUGGUGACAAAGGUGGUGUCUUGCAGUUGACCGAUUCGCAAUCGAAUGCCUUGGCUGUUUUGAGGGCGAGACUUCUUGCGAGCAGGCCGCGAGCCAUUGCUACGAGCCCGCCUUCGAAUCCAGUUCUUAUCUUCACGGAUGGCGCAUGCGACCCGUGCGAGGGCGGCUUCACCUCUUUGUUCCCGGCAAGGGGGCAAUGGGCCGAAGGUAGGAAACACAUUAUAGGGCAGGUCGAGCUUUACGCGGUGGUGCUCGCCAGGAUCUUGUGGUCGAGUUACAUCGGCGGCGAAAGAUGCAUAUUUUUCGUUGACCAUUCGGGUGUGUUGAGUGCUUGCAUCAACUCGAACUCGAUCGAUGCAUCGUGGAGAAGCCUGCUCCUCCACCUGGAGGCUGCCGAUGAAGCACGGCCGUGUUUGCCCUGGUUUCAUCGUGUCCCGAGUCAGAGCAACAUCGCGGACCCGCCUUCGCGAGGCAGAUGGGACGAGCUGGCAUUCCUCGGGCCUUUUGCUCGUGACGCGCCGACUUGCUUUGUCACUGGUGAGGCGCUUGAUGCAACGUAA